AGGGUGCACUCGUCCUCUUUGCUCACAAAGCGGACGAAACUCUUCGCCUCUACAUUGAUUACCGUGGCCUUAAUUGUUACACGGUUAAAAACAAUUAUCCCAUGCCUCGCGCAGAUGAGCUGUUUGACCGUCUGGCCGGCAACCGCUUCUUCACGAAGAUCGAUCUUCGUAGCGGUUACCACCAGAUCUGCGUUGCCACAGAGGACCAGUCGAAGACCACCUUUUGGUCGCGCUUCGGCCUCUACGAGUUCUCGGUGAUGCCAUUCGGCCUCACCAGCGCACCUGCCACCUUCCGGACGAUGAUGAACGAUAUCUUCAGGGACAUCCUUGAAGAAUAUGUUCUCGUAUACCUGAACGAUAUCCUGGUCUACAGUCGUACCUUAGAAGAUCAUCUCAGACAGCUCCGCGAUGUCCUACAGCGUGUACGCAAACAUGGCUUCUAUGCCAAACUCAGUAAGUGCCGCUUUGUCCAGCACAAAGUGGACUUCCUAGGACACUACGUGUUUGAGCAGAGUCUCCACAUGGACGACGCAAAGAUCACUGCUAUUGUGGAGUGGCCCGUCCCCACAUCCGUCAAGCAACUUCGUAGUUUCCUAGGCCUUACUAGUUACUAUAGUAAUUUCAUUCGGGGAUACGCUAGGAAUUCCUACGUCCUUACCUCCACCCUCCUCCAGAAGAACCUGUCGUGGUUUUGGACACCCCUCUGCGAGGAUGUCUUUCGCGCCCUCAAGAAGGCAGUGACUUGUGCGCUGGUUCUUCGCCUUCCCGAUUUUGACCGUCCCUUCAUCAUCACCACUUAUGCGUCAGAUUUUGCAGUAGGAGUUGUACUUUCUCAGGUGUUUCCCUCUCCUCUUGAUUCACCUUAUCCCCAUGUUCCUCCUCCCCCACCCCCUCGUGCUGACACUUCUUCUCGACUGACGCCUAUCCUCCCACCAUGUCCCCCCACUGACAGUUCUCCCGUUACUUACUCCCCAACCAUCUCGGAGGAUGGGAGUGUCAAGGCUCGUGCUGCGGAUCGCCCGAUCGCUUUCUACUCCCGUCCGCUACUGUCUGCCGAGAUAAACUACACUGCCGAUGAAUGUGAGCUCAAAGCGGAUAUGCGUCGCAAGUUCAGGGGUUGCUUCUUCGGUCCAUGCCGCACUCUUCAUGCUGUCAGUUUGGAUACUGCCGCUAGUUCGGUAAACUUUCAUGUGAAGCUACCCGAUUACCUUCGAGGGGCUUGCGUACACGAUGUUUACCAUGGCUCCUUGCUGCGUCCUUACCGCAUACCGUCCGAGCGCUUCGCCAGACACCCUUAUGAGCGCCCUCCACCUAUCAUGGUAGAUGGUCACGAGGAGUUCGUCAUUUCCGACAUCAUAUCUCAUCGAGUUACCGACAAUACCCCUCCACGCAUCGAGUACCUUGUGCGUUGGAGGGGCUAUCCUGAUGAGGAGGCUACUUGGGAGCCCCUCGAACACUUGGAGCACGCCCGGAUGUUGGUGUGUGCGUAUGAUCGUGAUCGUCGUGAUGAGACAUCUGCUCCUACUCAGUCGACUGACCCUCUUCCUCCUCCUCCAACUGAGGAGAUUGUCGAGGACGAGCCCGCUCCCUUUGCGGCCAUUCUUCAGCAGCAGACGGACGCCUCUGCGCGUCCACAACGCACUCCUCGAUUCCCUCGGCCUCGUGGUGGUGCUGUCUUCAUUGAUGACUCAUUCCCGGAUUGCUCUGGAGAUGGUGGGGGUCGAGCUUUCUUUUUGAACAUCAACUUUUAUAGCAACAAGGCCAUGAGUGGAGGAGCGGUGUACUUGAACACAGGGAAGAAUGGUGCUAUUGGGCGAUUCAGGAAUGUGCAGUUCGAGAAUAAUAUUGCCAAGGACUCGGGAGGGGCUGUGUUUAUGUCCCCACAAAGCACGGGUUUGUUCUAUGGCGUGAAGUUCAAUCGGAAUAUCGCUCAGAGUGGCCAUUUCGUCAGUGUGAUGUCAUCUUCGCGUGCAACUUUCAGCAGCAAGCAACGGGCAGAAGCAUCAGCAGCAGCACGGAAGAAGAGGGAGGCAGAGGCAGAGAGGCUGCGUCGGGUGGCCGAAGAUCAACGACAGAAGCACGCAGCAGCAGCAGCAAAGGCCGCCGAUGAAGAACGCGUACAGCGGCGGGAGAUUCUCUUCAAGGAGGAAACUGCGUUACACGCACAAGCCAAGGAUUGGCAGAAGGAGGCCGAGAAUGGAGACUCCGUUGACUACAGGACAAGGAUUGCUCUCUUGCUCAACCGCGUCACGGACCUCCUCGCUACUUGCAUUGCACAGCAGGAGGACAUUCACUCUCUCGACCACGCCAACCAGGCGCUGACCAAGCGCAUACAGCAGCUGUUGGCGCUGACCAAGCGCAUACAGCAGCUGGAGCAGCGACCCGUCGCCACUUCCAGCGCCGGCUCCUCCGACCUCGUCGACCGCAUCAACGUCUUGGAGAUAGACGUGGGAACGCUCAAAACUGUUGCAUGCACAGAUAUGCAAUGCGCAGCAUGUAACAAAACCGAGACACAGCGACUGGACCGGCAGGUGGGGGCAGCAGCCACACCGAGCUCAGCGCCUCAUGAGAGCAUCCCCAAAUUUGAGGGGCUCCCGAUCUCCUGUGAUGCAUCGAAGACGAAGCCUAUACCUUGGUGGCGCCAGUUCGAAUUAAAGUUGGACAUCCACCAUGUCGUCCACACAAACCGGCACGCAUACUUGUACUCCCGGUCAGGAGGUGCCUGCCAAGCAUGGUUGGACAACAUGUUGUCCGCACAUGCAUGCACAAUCUCCGAAUUACACAACUUCAUCACUUGGGCCGAUCCCACGGCGGCAUGGAAGAAGCGUUUCCAAGUGGAACCGCCCCAACAUCAGGCAAUGGACAAGCUGCUAACAUUCGCACAGAACAGCAUGCCAAGCGGAGACCGGAUAUCUGAGUUCCAACGCCUAGAGAGCACGCCCAAGCUGCCGCUGAACUUGGACGGCAUCAAGCUCUACUUCAUCAAAAGGUCAUGCCCAGCAUUGCAAAAUGCGUUAACUCAGGUCGUUGAGAACCUCAACACAAGUGAGGAACUCUUCAACAAGGCCGCGCAGAUCAUUGUGACGAACUUGGAAGCCAAGAACAUUGACCGUUCGUCGACAGCCGGCCAAGGCGCGUAUCAGAAUCGGCCUAAAGUGGUCGUGGUCGCGGCAGCAGCGCCAAACGACCCUUCAACUUCAAACGAGGCUGCCUCUUCUGCCGAGGGAGACAGAUUAGCAGCUGCCCAGAAUGGACUGUUAUCGUCUGUAGGGAAACAGGCAAAGGGCGUAGAAGAGUCAUCAACACUCUCUACAACAAGGGAAGCUGAACAGUCAGUUGCAGGCCCCUCCAAGGAGCCUGAAUCUAAUCAACAGCCUGCUCUUGAAGCCCGGACCGAUGUUGAAUCCAAGGCUGCUGCAGUUCAAGUGUUGUACACUGAGCCUUGGGAGGAGACUAAGGAAGUCGACUUCCACUCUCACCUGGAAUUGAUCUUCUUUAAGCUGCUCAUUAACUGCCGAUACAUCCGUGUGCUGAUUGAUAAUGGCUCAACGACUAACUUAUUUUCUCCUAACGGGAUUCGUAAGGCGGGCCUGGGAAUGAAGCAAGUGGAAUUGCAGAACCCUUGUCAGACCCAGGUGGGCAACCAAGAGGUUGUCACCUCAACACAUGCUGUCAAAGGUGUGCGCGUCACUUUUGACAAGGAUCACACUGUCACACAUGAGCUGAACUUUUAUGUCAUGGACAAGUGUGCUUUCGACGCGGUCAUUGGCUUGGGCUGGUUAAAGGCUUAUUGUCUAAGGACCACGUGGGCGGAUAAUCAGUUUGUGAUGGAGGCACAAGACCUCCCGGGUGGAUCGGGUGGCAAAAAGGCCACCGACCGCAAACGGUUCCCAGGCAGCAACCGUUUUUCAGCGCACGAUCUACUUGAGGAUGAUGAGGAGACCUUUGCAGAGGAUCCUCCUCUUGAUGACGAUCAAGAGCAAGGCUGCGAGGCAUCUUGCUCUUCGUCAACUUAUGAGUUUGAGUAUGUAAAUGACGAAGAAUCCAUGAAUGCCUUCAAGAAGACUACCUUCAAAACCUUCCAAGCGUUGAAGGAGGCUUUGGUAAAUCAUUCGGUGCUCCACAUUGCAGAUCGCAAACUUACAUUCGUAGUAACUACGGAUGCAAGCUUGUAUGGGAUUGGUGCAGUGCUGCAGCAAGAUGACGACGAUGGCUUACGUCCGCUUGAAUAUUACAGCAAACACAUGCCCAGCCACAAGCACAAGAAAGGUUGUUACAAUCGCGUUGCGGAUGCUUUGUCUCGCCAUCCUCAGUACAUGACUUGCCUUGUGGGUUCCUAUGAUCUCCGUAAGAAUUUGAAGGAGGAACUCAUUGAGCACACUGCGAAGGACCCAGAACUCAGUCCCAUCCUUGAGCAGAUUCAGGUUGACCCUAGCAGUCAGCCUGAUUUCCAUGAGUGUAAGAGCUUACUUUUCCUACGUUACGGGAAGCACGAUCGACUGUGUGUACCCAACCAUGAGUCGAUCCUUACUCACUUCUUGGACUUGGCUCAUGACCGGAGUGGACACUUCGGUUUUGAGAAAACAUACGGAAGUUUGCUGCAAAAGUUUGUAUGGCUUGGAAUGAAAGGAAUGACACGAAAGUUUGUGGCUGAGUGUGAAGUCUGUCAACGCAUCAAACCGUCUCAGCAAAAGCCCUAUUGGCUGUUGCAUCCUCUUCCUAUUCCUGAUGGCCCGGGUGAGUCUCUUUCCAUCGACUUCACGGACAUGGGGAAGAAGAGUAGGAAUGGAUAUUCGCAAGUAAUGGUGAUCUUUGACCGCUUUUCAAAAUUUAUGAAUCUGAUUCCAUUACCACCUCACGCCCCAACUGACCUUGUGAUCAAAGAGUUUCAUAAGAAGUACAUUCUGCAGUGUGGACCCCCGAAAACUCUCGUGACUGAUCGGGACACUAAGUUCAUAAGUGCAGAUUGGAAGGACUUCACCUCCCAGAUCUAUGACAUCAAACUCAAGAUGACAUUUGGUCGACAUCCCGAAGCCAAUGGGCUGGCCGAGGAGAUCAACCAGACUGUGAUCCAGCUUUUCCGAGCUCUAAUUGUGCCUGAUCAGAACUCUUGGGAUGAGGAGUUGUCGAUUGUGCAGGGGUUGUACAACAACUCCAUACACCCCUCCACCGAGAUAACACCUAACCGGUUGCACCUGGGGUGGGAAAUUCGCAAUCCUCUAUCCUAUCUGUUUCCUGAACAGCCAUGUGGCUUGACACCUGGCCAGCCAGGCUAUAGCGCUAAGUUUGAUCGUUUGCUCAAAGUUGUUGUCGCAGUUAUGGAAAAGCGACGCAGUGCCAUGAUUAAGCAUGCAAACAAAAAGCGUCAGCCUGACCCUUUUACAAUGGGAAGUUAUGUCUGGGUUAACAUGUCUGAGUUUUCUGAAGAAGAAGGUGUAUCACGGAAGCUUCUUCCUCAGUACUACGGUCCGUGGAAGGUGCUGAACCGAGUAGGAGAUGACUCCUUUGGUCCUUCUUACACGAUCGACGUAUGGGCCAAGGUGGGUGGAGGUGGCUGCAUGGACUGCAGAUGGGCCGGAGAUGGGCCGCAGAUGGGUCGCGUGGACCUCAGAUGGGCCGAGAUGGGCGGAGGUGGGCGGGAAAGAGAGCCGAGCGGUGGUGCACAGAGAGCGGCGGAGAUGUGUGGAGGUGGGAGGAGGUGGGCCGAUGUGCGCGGAGGUGGGCGGAGUCGGCGGAGAUGUGCGGACGUGGGCGAAGGUCGACGGAGGUGGGCGGAGGGGAUCGGGAUUGGGGUCGAGAUCGGGAAGCGGAAGCGGACGUACCGAACUUCCGGAUCGGGAGGUGAGCGAAGGUCGGCGGAGGUGGGCGAAGGUCGGCGAAGGUCGGCGGAGGUGGGCGGAGGUGGGCGGAGGGGAUCGGGAUCGGGAUCGGGAAGCGGAAGCGGACGGAGGUGGGCGAAGGUCGGCGGAGGUGGGCGGAGGGGAUCGGGAUCGGGAUCAGGAAGCGGAAGCGGACGACCGAACUUCCGGAUCGGGAGCGGGGAGAAGAGGAAGUGGAGAGAACCGGAAGUGGGAGGGGGAGGUGGCGAGCUUGCCACGUGGCGAUCUUGCCACGUGGCGAUCUUGUCACGUGGGAGGGGGAGGUGGCGAGCUUGCCGCGUGGCGAACUUCGCUUUCGUAGGAUCGAGGUUCGGCGGAGGUGGGCGAAGGUCGGCGGAGGUGGGCGAAGGUCGGCGGAGAUGGGCGAAGGUCGGCGGAGGGGAUCGGGAUCGGGAAGCGGGGCGAAGCGGAAGUGGGGAGAAGCGGAAGUGGGAGGGGGAGGUGGCGAACUUGCCACGUGACGAUCUUGCCACGUGGCGAUCUUGUCACGUGGGAGGGGGAGGUCCGAGGUGGCGAGCUUGCCGCGUGGCGAACUUCGCUUCCGUAGCGAUCAAGGUUCGACGGAGGUGGGUGAAGGUCGGCGGAGGCGGGCGGAGGCGGGCGGAGAGGAUCGGGAUCGAGAUCGAGAAGCGGGGAGAAGUGGAAGUGGGGAGAAGCGGAAGCGGGAGGGGGAUGUGGCGAACUUGCCACGUGGUGGGCGACAUUGUUUGUGAAGGAAGUUGCAUGUUCUGCCCUAUAAAGCCUCCUAUAGUUCAGCUUGCUGGAAACGGAUCAUUGGAAGAAACAGCGCCCAUCGCUGUUGGCGACUCGUUAAUCCGAUCGUCAGUCGGCGAGGCGCGAAAGGUGACGACGUUGGAACGCGUGAAGUGGUGUGUAUCCCGCCUUCGUCUUCCUGCAGACGACGACGAUCUGGUGGCUCGCCAUAGCUUCACGCGCCCGUCAUUCGUGUACGAGGAGCUGCCCUCGACCGCUCGAACGUCCGCUGGGACAGUGUGUGACGAGGGUCCAGUCGUCCGUCUGUUGUGCUUGUUGAACAAGGCGCCGUCGGGGCAUCGUGAUGGAACACGUGUCGCAGCAGGUUCGUGGCAAGACCUUGAGCAGGGUGGAGAGAAAUGCGGUGAUUGCAGCAGUGUCGGCGGUGGCCAUGUGAUGUCGCAUCGAGAGAACGACGACGCGUUCGAGGACGAGAGUGUGACAUUCUACAGGGUUCCUUUGCAGCCGGAUCACAUCAUCGCAUAUGCGUUGUACCGAUGGGCGAGCGGUGAGACGUACGAGAGCAGCAUGUCGUCAUUCGGAAUAGGGCGCGCAUCCGGGUUGAUCGCAGUGGAGGACGUUACGAGGGCACUCCUGAGGGUGUACAGUGACAAAAUCGUAUGGCCUACUGGGAUGCGUCGUACGCUCAUUCUGCGUGCCUUCGAGGCGAAGGGCUUUCCCAACUGCUAUGGCUGCAUAGACUGCACGCACGUUUACGUCGACAAACCGGCGAACGCUCCUUCGGAGAACUACUUCGACCGGAAGCAUCGUUUCUCCGUUGUAGCGCAGGUGGUGGUGGACCUGGACUUGCGCAUCACGGACGUUUUCGUCGGUUACCCAGGGAGUUGCCAUGACAUUCGGGUGCUUCAGCUCUCCAGUCUGUGGGCGCGUGCGGACGAGGGGAAUGUUUUCCGUGGAGCUCCUGUUGUGCUGCCGUUCGGAGUGACGACACACGGUUACAUUCUAGGCGACAACGGGUAUCCGCCGCUGGAGUGGAUUGUCGUGCCGUACGGGGGGACCGAUCAAAUCCCCGACGAGGAGAGGUUCGACAACAAGCCAAAGGUCGCCAGGGGAGCAGUGGAGAGAGCUUUCGGGAGAUUGAAAGGGUUGUGGAGGCCGUUCCUCCGCACACACAAGACGAAUAUGGACACUCUCCCACAAAAGUUCCAAGCCGUGUGCAUUCUGCACAACAUCCUCCUUGACGCUGGCAUGGAGUUCGACAACAACUUGCUGUGGGAGGUCGAUGCUAAUGGCGUGCGGCGGCGAGUGGACUUGGGGUUGGAUCAUCCACCCCACCCCAUUGCUGAGAACUUCAAUCGGCCCCGUGCGUUGGCGCUACGGAGGCACUGGCGGAGCGGAUGAAACACGUGUGAAGGCGAGCACCGCGUCGUCGGCACGUGGCUCUGCCGUCCUUGUGGAGGUAGUUCUGUGUUGUGUCCAACGGA